AUGGCCACGUCUAUGCUUCAAGAACAGCUCAAGGAGCAAUAUCUAGGCAAGACGCUACACGAUGUACCAACUCCAUCGGUGAUUCUCGACCUGUCGAAGCUAGAGGUCAAUUGUCAACGCAUGCUGGACGCUGUUGAUCGGCUCUCCCUGUCAUGGCGUCCCCAUAUCAAAACACAUAAGCUAACAAGGCUGCAAGUUGGCGACGAUGCAAAGUACCAGGGCAAGGGCCGCAAGGUACUUCUUGGAGUCCCUUUAUUCCCAUCGGCUGUCGACCGUCUUUCCAGCAUCGCGAGCCAGCUUGGACCGGAAGGCCUCGCGCUCAUGAUUGAUCACUCAGAGCAGCUCUCACUGGUAGAGGUCAUUCGCAAAACGUCGGGCCAUAAGCCCCUAUGCUUCAUGAAAGUCGACGCAGGGUAUCACCGCGCUGGUGUGAUUCCCAGUACGCCAGAGUGCGAAUCCCUCGUCGAUGCUAUCGUCUCAAGCGCUGAUCGGGGCCACUGCGUCUUCCAUGGCAUAUAUGCCCACGCUGGGCAAUCUUAUGAAUGUCGCGAAGAUUGGCAAGCUUUAGACUUUCUCACUGCGGAGUUCAAAGCCCUGGAAGCUGUGGCCGCCGUUGUCAGGAAGAGACGGCCGUCUCAGCCUCUGACGCUUUCUGUUGGCGCGACACCUCAGUCGACCAGCUUCCAGCAUCCUGACAUAAACUCGAACAGCCCGUCCGACCCUCGGGCUGGGCUUGUUUCCGAGUAUAUGCAGCGUCUCACGGCGCAAGGCUUACGGCUCGAAGUCCACGCAGGCGUGUAUCCGACGCUGGAUUUGCAGCAACUCGCCACCCACGCUCGCGACACAACACUGCUAUCAGUUUCCAACAUUGCGAUCUCGGUUCUGUUUGAGGUCUCAUCACUGUAUCCUCGCCGCGGGCCCAACGAGACUACCGAGGCAAUGAUCAACGGUGGCUGCCUGGCGCUGGGACGCGAACCUUGCGCGGAUAUGGGCCCAGAAAAGGGAAAACAUUACAACGGCUUUGGAAUCGUGACGCCUUGGCGUACGGGGAACCCUGAGCCCGGGAAAUCGUUCCCAGCUGUGCAUGGCGGAUGGCAGGUGGGUAAGAUCAUGCCUUGGGAUUUGGACGUUGAUGUCCAAGUCACAGAAUCAGAUAUGUACUACCUCGCGGCGUAUUACAACCGUACAGAGUACUACUAUGUUCAGCGUGGAACAGGUCAAGGGCGAACGUAUCUCCUCGAUGUCAACCCCCAUCACGUAUACAGGGGACGUGACGAUGAGCUCAACGUUAUUGACGCGCGCUGGAUCGACACCACGAAUGGACUGUACAUUGACAUUACUGCCGCUAGAUAUGACCCGGACCACGAGCAAGGCGAGGGCAUACUGUACGAUAAGCAUAACCAUGAGUAUCGAGAUACCUACAUUUUCCCGCUACUAGAAACCACAUUCGAAGGUGUCCCAGCAAAGAUACCUUACAAAUACAAAGACAUGCUGGUGUCCGAGUAUACCGCAGAGGGCUUGACGGACAAGGAAUACCACGGUCACGUCUUCGAUGAAGAAGAAAUGAAAUGGAUUAAGCCGGAUAUACGCGUCAAUAUCGAGGACGAAUCAUUCAAUCUUGACCUGGGCGAUUUUGCCAUCCCGCUGCCACCGACGGAAGCUGCACUCACACCACCACAUCCCGAACCAACACCGCCAGCUCCCGCGCCAGCACAGCCAACGCGGGAAGAGUCGCCGAGUAAGCGCAGAAGAACCGAAAGCCCGCCAUCGCAUCUCGUAGCGCAAGAUGACAGAGCAAGACCGGCGAGGUCGAGAGACCCUUAUAGCGUGCCCGACACGUCGGGGGAAUCAAUAUCGCAGGCGAAUGGCGACUCAAAUGUAGUCGAUGCGCCCUUGCGGGUAACGGAGCAACAAAAUGUCGAACUACAUGAGUACGAGUUACGAGCACGCAGCGUCUCCUAUGUCCAUAACGUUGCAAGUCCCACAAACGAGAGCGACCUAUUGGCGUUGGCGAGCAGUGCCCUCGCGACAAACGAGAGACUGCGAGAAGCCCUGAGGAGCGAUGAUGGCCUGCCGGAGCCAUCGUCUCCUCUGGUGGCUAGGGAGAAGAGAAGCAUCGUGAGAAAGACACUGAGGCAAAGCCGCAGUAAAUCGCCCCCCAGUUUUGGCGAGUCUGUGAGAGAAGCCCAUGCAGAGACGAACAUUGUCCAAGAGGAACGUGAGUCGUCUGCUGUGGCAGAAAAUCCGGAUGGACAGGCAGAAGAAGUGACAAACCCCGGUGCAACGAAUCUUCUGGACUUGGAACCAGCGCCAUCAGAUCCCAGUGUCGCGCCUUCGGAACCUAGCAUUGCGUCCGAGGCCGCGGCAGAAGCAAGCCCCGAAACUCAGCCUGAAGCAGAAGAGGAGGUCAUAGAAGAAGUUACCGCACAGGCCGCCAGAGCUACUGGUCGCAAAAGGUCCCGCCAAAGUCCGCCACCUCGAAGAUCAAAAAGCCCAGCAGUGGACGAGCAACAGGACGCUGAAGACGAACUGGAAUUCAUUGCACCAGCACGAAAAAGAGGUCGUACCAAAACAAGCCCAGCCGUGCAAUCACAAGGUGUCAAAGCCAAGUCCAAACCUGAUUCGCGCGCAGCUAGAAAGGCCAAGCCAAAGACGAAGCCCAAAGCUCGGAGGCGACAAGACAGCCAAGCAGACGACGGCGACCAAGUUGGCAUUGAACUUACAAUACAGCGCCUGGUCAACCACAAGCCACGCGACGGCGACGACGGGCAGCCAGAUCCUCUCCAUCUGGAUAUUCCCCAUGCCAAUCGCUCUGGUAUAAGCCGCAUCGAAGUGUUUGCCAAUGUCUGCAACGAUACAAUUGCGAAAACUAUAGAAAAGUUUCAUCGCGGUAUCCAACGCACAUCUGACCCCAAGCAGAAGAAGGAGUUUCGGAUCAAGAUCCGUGCAUUGGAAGCGUACUCGAGAAGUCUCAAGGUGGACUUCAUGAACCAAAUCACCCAGGUGAAUCACCAGUAUUCGCUACAGAAGAGGGUACGAGAUGCACAGAAGGAGAGACUCGCGUUACGAGAAGAGAUCAUAAGACUCAGGAAAGAAAGGGAGCAAGUAGCUCUACGGAUGGACAUGGUGAGGAUCAAGCACGAGGACGACUCGAAGGAGGCUACGUAUGUACUUCAUACCUCCAGCACGAUGCGAGAUAUCGAAGCUGCAGUCGCUGCAGGCGAAAUGGCACCGGAGCUACCGAUCAAAGCAAAGAGGGAGGCCGAGCUGGCAAACUUGGAGCUGGUCAUUGCGCAGGUCGUAGACAAGGCCUGUACGUCGAGUGCAGGAGGAGGCAUGCUUUCCCAGAUCAAGGAGUUCAACGCCUUGCUCGAUAGAGCAGCCGGGGUUCUCGAGUCGAGAUGA